CCGCCUUUUAGAGGCCGGGCGCGGCUGGGGCAUCCCAGUCCCACUUGGUCUUCCCGACCCGGCGUCCGUGCUCCCGGUCCUCCUCACAGCUAGCCGAGUCCACCCCGUCCUCACCGCCCGUCGGCCGGCCCACCCCCCACCGCAGCCAUGGACGCCAUCAAGAAGAAGAUGCAGAUGCUGAAGCUGGACAAGGAGAAUGCCAUCGACCGCGCCGAGCAGGCGGAGGCGGACAAGAAGCAAGCCGAGGACCGCUGCAAGCAGCUGGAGGAAGAGCAGCAGGCCCUCCAGAAGAAGCUAAAGGGGACCGAAGAUGAGGUGGAAAAGUAUUCUGAAUCAGUGAAGGAUGCCCAGGAGAAACUGGAGCAGGCCGAGAAGAAGGCCACCGAUGCUGAGGCAGAUGUGGCCUCCUUGAACCGCCGCAUUCAGCUAGUAGAGGAGGAGCUGGAUCGUGCCCAGGAGCGCCUGGCUACAGCCUUGCAAAAGCUAGAGGAGGCUGAGAAGGCAGCCGACGAGAGCGAGAGAGGAAUGAAGGUCAUCGAAAACCGGGCCAUGAAGGAUGAGGAAAAGAUGGAGCUGCAGGAGAUGCAGCUGAAGGAGGCCAAGCACAUUGCUGAAGACUCAGAUCGCAAAUAUGAGGAGGUGGCCAGGAAGCUGGUGAUCCUGGAAGGAGAGCUGGAGCGCUCAGAAGAGAGAGCUGAGGUGGCUGAGAGCCGAGCCAGGCAGCUGGAGGAGGAACUUCGAACCAUGGACCAGGCCCUCAAGUCCCUGAUGGCCUCAGAGGAGGAGUAUUCUACCAAAGAGGACAAAUAUGAAGAGGAGAUCAAACUGCUGGAGGAGAAGCUAAAGGAGGCUGAGACCCGAGCAGAAUUUGCUGAAAGAUCUGUGGCCAAGUUGGAGAAAACCAUUGAUGACCUGGAAGAUGAAGUCUAUGCACAGAAGAUGAAGUACAAGGCCAUCAGCGAGGAGCUGGACAACGCACUCAAUGACAUCACCUCUCUCUGAGCACCAUGUGCCACCUUGGCCCUCUUCACUCCCUCUUUCCAAUCUCUCUCAGGGGAAGGGACAGGCAAGAGAAAGACAGAUUGGCAUCUUGCACAGCCAGGCUGGGGGCAGCCUAGGGAGAGCCCUCACCACCCCACACCCACUCUGGCACUGGCUUCCUUCUUCUAUCCACUGCCCCCUCCACUGGCUGGCCUCCACCCCUCUCUGCUACUUAAUAAACUCUGAACUUGGUCUCCA